AUGGUGACUCGCCUGAGGUCUCCAUUAUUUCCUCUUCGUAUAAAUGAAAAAAGCAUAAAUUAUAUUUUAUUAUUUAUUAUUUCAGAUUUACAAACAAUUAAUAUAAUAUUACGUAUUCUUUAUCGAGCAAGAGCUGAACUUUUACCAAAAAUUUUUACAAAUUUAGGUUCAGAUUAUGAAGAACGUGUGUUACCAUUAAUUACUAAUGAAAUUUUAAAAUCUGUUGUAGCUCAAUUUGAUGCUAUUCAAUUGAUUAUACAACGUACACUUAUUUCCCAACGUGUUAGUGAAUUAAUCACAGAAUAUGCUGCUCAAUUUGGUUUAUUACUUGAUGAUAUUUCAAUUACGCAUUUAAGUUUUGGACCUGAAUUUACAAGCUCUGUUGAAUUAAAACAAGUUGCACAACAAGAUAUUGGAAAACAACGACUUUUAGCUGAACAAAAUCGUCAAGCAAAUGUUAUUGCAGAAGAAGGUGUUGCUCGUACAGCUAAUUUGAUUGGCAAAGCUUUAGAUGAAGCUGGUGAUGAUAAAUUUUCGAAUGUCUUUCAUUAUCUUGUCUUACUUUUGUUUUAA